UCUCUCUCUCUCUCACACACACACACACACACAAUCAGGUGAAAAUGGCGGCCCUAAGAAAACUGGCGAAUAACAUAAUAUUAAGUGAUCUCAGGAAAUUUAAUUCGAGCAUUAUAUUAGCAUCAACAUGCUCUUCUCUUUUCAUUUCUUGCAGAGGCAUAGCUUCGAAGCUCUUCGUUGGAGGAAUUUCAUUUCAUACCACAGAAGAAGGACUAUCUGAGGCAUUUUCCCAGUAUGGCCAAGUUAUUGAAGCUAAAAUUGUGACGGAUAGAGUAUCAGACAGAUCAAAGGGUUUUGGAUUUGUAACCUAUGCAGCUGAAGAUGAAGCCGAGAACGCGAUUAAAGAAAUGAAUGGAAAGCCACUAAAUGGACGUGCUAUCUUUGUCGACUAUGCAAAGCCGGGAUCACACUUUAGAGGUGGGAUGCCAAUAGCUAGAGGACCACCUGAACCAGCAUCAGAAAAUUGAUCCCUAGUCAGUCUCAAAGACAAUGGCAGAUUCAGAUACUUGCAGCCAUGAAAGCUUUUUCUCUGUGACUUAUUUUUUAUUUUUCUUUUUUUGGGUACAUGGUUCUAUGUUGAAGUUUCACUACUUGCAUGUUUAGUGAAGGGGUUUUAACAAUGA